AUGGACGCCAUCGCCGCUAUGCCUCAGUCUGCCGGUUUCGACGGCCAAGCCCUGUCCGCUCGUGCUGGUGGUCUCGCUUCGCGCCGCGGAGGCCAGGGAGUAAAGCCCCUGACUUUCGACCAGAACCUUGGUCCCGGAGCUGUUGAGCCCGCUGCGCCUACUCCUCGCACCACGGCACGCUCUCAUCUCCUCGCUGGUCUGCGAACUGCGCCAAAGAGUGCUACCGCUGCGACCUUUGCCCAGUCCGGUACACUUAACUCUGGCUCCACCGGGCAAAACAGGAACUCUCUCCUGGGACAUGACUCUUUGUACAACGGUCCCAAGACUUCUCUUCCCCGCUUCGCUCAGCAGCAGGGACAGAACGCGACCCUUGACUUUGCUGAGCUCCAGCAGCAGCGUCUGCAGGAGCAGCAGCAGCAGCAGCAACAGCAGCGCCUUCAGGAACAGCAGCAGCAGCAGCAGCUGUUUCUCCAGCGCCAGCAGGAGGAGCAGCUCCUUCAGCAGCAGCAGCAGCAGCAGCAGCAGCAGCAGCAGCAGCAGCAGCAGCAGCAGCAGCAGCAACAACAACAACAGCGUGCUGCCGAGCAGCGACGUCUCCAGCAGCAGCAGCAGCAGCAACUCUAUACUGCUGACCAGAUUCUUGCUCCUCCCGAGAUCCGCAUUGAGGAGCAGAGCCCUGAGCACAUGGACCCUGCCGUGUACGCCAAUCUCGUGUCGACCAACCUGUACCUUGCUCAGCAGCAGCAGCGCCUCCAGCAGCAGCUUAUGACUCUUCAGGCCGCUCAGCAGCAGUUCCAGACCAUGAACAUCAACGGAGGCCAGAACUACCACACUGCUUAUCAGCAGCAGCAGCUUCAGCAGCAACAGGCGGUACUGAUGCAGCAGCAGGCCAUGAUCAAUGGUAUCCAGACUGCCCAGGGAACUAUUUACGCCAUGUAUGACCCUGUGACUGGCCAGCCAUCCUACUAUCUCAACCAGUCGCCCCAGGUCCAGAAUCAUUAUGGCGACCAGUAUGGAUACCAGGCGGCCCCCAGUGUCCAGGUCUCGCCUCCUCCGGCCGAGUCGCACAUGAACGGCUUCCGCAACUCGUCUCCCCCCCGCCGUUUCCAGUCGCCUGGCGGAGAGGAUCACACUCCUCUUCCGCCCCCUAGCGCCAACGCCUUCCGUCGCGGCCACAAGAAGUCAACCUCCAUCUCUAACGGUCAGGGUGGCCUUUCCGUGGCUACCAACGACUCUAGCCCCAAGUCUGCUGGGCCCAAGACGGCAAACUUCCCGCUUACCCCUGGCGGCUAUGGACCUGGACAGGCACGUGCGGGUGAGCACCCUAUCCGCCAGCCCACUGGUCCCCCCUCGUUCGAUGAGCUUCGCACCAAACCGACUUCGAAGCACGAUGGCAGCAAGAACUUUGCUGGCCGCGCCCGACGCUCGGCUCUGAGCAACCUCGUCCGAGCUGGCAUUACGCGCACCCAGGUCCGCAGCCCUGGCUCAUCCGGUAGCAUUAGCCCAGUUUCAGAGUCGGCUGAGGAGAUGCCAACGCCUCUUACGGAGGACGACGACUCGGUUUCGGGCUCGGGUAGUCUCAAUGGAGAUGACGACGUCGACUGCCACCCGCCUAGCUCGCGUACCUCGACCGGAAGCUGGGGCGCAAUCGGCAGCAACAGGCCUGCAUCCAAGGCCGCAGACACAGUUAGCAUUGCCAGCGAUUCGGACAGCGUCAGUGGAGGAGGAUCAUUUGCGAGCAUGUUUAAGGUGGCUGGGAAGCAGGGUGGUUUGGAUGGGUCUGCGCCUCGCAAAACACCCAUGUUGGUCCUGAACCGCGCUGGUGCUGUGGCCAGGUAA